GCAUCAAUUUUUCCUUCUAGACCUUCUUUCGUCACCAUCCUUUUACGUAUUCAAAAAUAAAUUACAAACUCUCACAAUUCACAUUUAACAUGCUGAAAUUUCCCUGUCGUCAGAGUCGACAGCUGCUAACACCGCUUCGAUUUCACAGAGAAGUCCAUCUAUGAAUCAUGCAUAACACAUCAAUAGGUUAGGUUCGAUCUACGCUUGAUCCAUCCGCUCUUCAAGCACCAAUCUCUUGAGAAUCGCGAGUUCUCUGUCAUCUUCUCUCUUUUCUUUUUUUCUUUUCCGUUUUUCUUUUCUUCUUGCCGUUUCACUGAAUCAAUAUAAAAUAAAUAGAAAGUACACGCGAUCUGUAACUAAAGGAUACACUGAAAGGAUAGAUCAAAGCGAACUGAAUCGCUAGAAGUUAGUAACAAUCGAUGCACAAACCUUACACAAACGUGUUGAGUUCAAUAUCUGAGAGAAGAUAUUCCAGUCGUUUUUACACGGUUGUCAGAGACAUCGAAAUGAAAAACGACGAUUUUUCCAUCAACUUGUCGUCGAUUUUUAUAAAACUCAUAGGAAUAUGGAUGGCAAAUGGCCAAUCAGAGAAAUAUGUGAGAAACAUGACGAUCGUGUACAGCAUCAUCGCGCUUGUUUUUGGACUAUGGUUACAAAUUACGGAUAUGUAUUAUUCGUGGGGCGAUUUUUCUGAAUGUAUCUUUUCUAUGUGCAAUAUGCUGUCAAUAGCCGCACCCCUUUUGAAACUGAUCACUCUGAUUGUGCAUAGGAAAGAUUUUUUUUAUUUGAUUUUAUAUCUACAAAGAAAAUUUUUACAUGGAGAUUAUGACGAUUACGAACGAAAUAUUGUGCUCAACUGUAAACGGAAAUGCACGUUUUUCACUUGUUCUUUGACUUUUACCACUCUAGCGACCGUUGUUUCUUACAUUAUUAAUCCACUUAUUGCAAAUAUUGGAAGAAACGAAUCAGAUAGAGUGCUUCCAUUCAACAUAUGGAUUGACUUGCCACUAACUAUAACUCCAUACUAUGAAAUUACGUUUGUUUUAGAGGUGAUAUCCUUAUAUCACAUUGGGGUGAGUUACUUCUGUUUCGACAAUUUUUUGUGCAUUAUGAAUUUACACGUGGCUGGACAAUUUCAAGUAUUGCAACAUAGAAUUUCCAACAUAACAGAUUUGGUAAUUAGAAAAGAAGAGAAAAAGGAAAAAUUAAUUGUGGACUCGUCCUACUUUGCAAGUAAAUGUUAUGCCAUUUUUAAGAAGUGUAUUCGCCAACAUCAAGCCCUUAUAGCGUAUUGCAGAAAACUUGAAGAGGUAUUCAAUUUGAUUGUCCUAGAACAAGUUUUGAUGUUCAGCAUGUUAAUUUGUCUCGAUGGAUAUCUAGUACUUAUGGCAGAUACAUCUACCACAACACGUUUAAUCUUCGGCCUUCACAUAACGGUAUGCUUAUGCCAAUUGCUGAUGUUCACUUACAGUUGCGACUGUAUCAUACGAGAGAGCUUGAGCGUAGCCACGGCAGCGAAUAGAGGACCUUGGCCAAUGGUACCAAUGACCACAACCGGAAGGAUGAUGAAAAAAGAUUUGAUACUCGUCAUUAUGAGGUCUGGUAUACCUUGUUGCUUAACAGGUAAAGGAUUUUUCGUCGUAUCCUUGGAAACGUACACUAGUGUUUUAAGUACUGCGGCAUCAUAUUUUACACUACUAAAACAGCAUUCAGAGGCACAUUCUUAAUAUGUAUAUUUUAAUAGUGCAUAUUGUUGCUGUACAUGAGUCAAAUUCUUGUAUUUAUUUAUGUUUAAC